AUGGACGAUGCGAUGAACUCGCCCUUCACCAAGGCGGAACUUCGUGCUGCACUGCUUUCCACCAACACGUGCAGCACACCAGGCCGGGACGGCAUUACAUACGCUAUCCUUCGCAACCUUCCAGACAAUACCCUCGAGGAACUUCUUGCUCUUUUUAAUCAGGUUUGGGACAGUGGAAACCUGCCCGAUUCAUGGCAGCUAUCAACGGUCACCCCCAUUCCCAAACCCGGAAGAUCAUCCUCUAUCCUGAGCAACCUUCGGCCUAUAUCAUUACCUUCCCAGGCUGGAAAGCUUCUGGAAAAAAUGGCACUGAGUCGCCUUGACUGCUGGCGCCGGUAUCACAGGAAGCCCUGGGCAUACAUACGCGGAUUUCUCUGUGACCGUGAAUUUCAAGUCGCUGUAGGUCAGACACUCUCCGCACCGAAGAAAUCACUAGUGGGAGUGCCGCAAGGCGCAGUCCUGCUGUUCAACUUGGUGAUGGCACCACUUUGCUAUCGCCUGCCUGAUAUACCUGGACUUCGCUUCAGUGUGUAUGCGGACGAUGUCACAAUAUGGACUAAAGGAGGCUCCGACGGCGACCAGUCCGAUGCCAUUCAAACCGGACUCGACACCAUUGCCACAUUUCUGAAGGAGGUCGGACUCACACUUUCUUCUGACAAAACUAACUUCGUAGUACUGGGCACGAAGGCAGCCCGUUCUGCCUGGCAAUUUUCGUUCACCUUUGACGGUGAGCAAAUAACUCAGCAAGACAGUGUUCGAGUUCUAGGCAUCUACAUCGAUGCAGAUUUUGGUGCAACGACAUGGCUUCGCAACAUCACUCGGACCUGGCAUCAGAUACUCCACCUAAUCCGCCGCAUCGCGUCCAAGAACUGGGGCAGUGAGGAACGAACUCUCCGUCGUCUCGUGACUGCUCUACUAAUCUCACGUGCUGUAUAUGGCUAUAACUUCUACACUCUCACCCAAAAGCAACGAAAAAAACUGGAAUCGCUCAACCACGAAGCCAUGAGGGUUGUCACCGGCCUGCCGCGUUUCACACCCAUACACCGCCUUGCUCAAAUGGCCCAGAUGAAUCUGAUCGAGGCAAUAGCCGAGGCUGCGAAGCAUUCACAACAGUUCCGACUAAGAGCCACGAUAUCCGGACGCAGCAUCCUUUCGCUUCAUCUGCCAGUCCCCUCAGCGCCUCUUCCCUCCUUCCCUGCUCUGUGGGACUGUCCCCUGACCACGGACUUUGCACCGAUUCCCCAAAACGUGAAUGCCGAUCACGCAGAGAGGCAAUUGUCUUACGCAAGGCUGCACGAGGCAAAAGUUCGCGACGCUCCUUCCCAUCACCACGCUGUCUACACCGACGCCGCCUUCAGUGACGAAGCUUCAGCCAUAGCCUACUAUUGCCCAAGCACCGCCACGGCCUACUACUCCUCUCGUCCUGCCUGCAACGACCCAUUAACGGCGGAAAUGGCUGCGAUAUCCGCUGUAUGCGACGCCGUCCUCAAGCCUCCUUUCGCAGCCUUCACUCAUCACACAGUUUACACAGACUCACAGGCUUCCAUAAAGGCCUGCGCCCGGCUGGACUCGCGCAAUGGUUCUGUUCACUCAAUACACAGGACGAUCCGAAUCGCCGACGAGGCUGGCCACACUGUCCGCCUCGCAUGGGUACCAGGUCACGCUGGGGUCGCUGGCAACCGAAUGGCCGACUCUCUGGCAAGAGAGCUUCUUUCCUGCCCCUCAGAGACGCGUCCACAAGUGCCUGACGACCCGUACCCCAUCGACCCGCACACAGUCCUGGCAGAGGCGAAGGCUGCUCGAAGGGCCGCGCUCCGGAACAUCCUCCCGGAAAAGCCUACGCCCCUGCCAGGGAAGUUUACCCGUGCUGAGGUCAAACGCCUGCGACGCAUCGUCACGGAGACAGCAGUGACACCAGCCCGCCGCGCCAUGAUGCGCCUCCAGACCUGGCAAUCACCCACUUGUCGCUCCUGUCCAGGGAACCAGCGGCUGGAUCAGAACCAUAUACUCUGGGGCUGCUCGGAUCUCGCCGAGCACCGGAGAAGAGCGAUAGCCACCCUUCCCCCUACUCUGAGGCCUCAGGAUUUGCGCAUCAGCGACACGGGCCCCGCAGCCAAAAGUGAUGGCCCCUAUGCCCGCAGUGAUGGCCCCUAUGCCCGAGCCGUACCGAGCAGCCCUGGCAGCUCUUGA